AUGGUGUCUGGUGAUAAUGUGACUUCUGACAAGGAGGAGUAUACCCCCACUGAGGGAUCAUCAGUGUCUCUGAGCUGUACAUAUGAAACAAGCAGCAGUAACAUCUACCUUUACUGGUACCAACAACACCCUAACCAGGCACCUGAUUACCUACUGUAUAAAGGUGCCAGAGCAAAUAGUGUUGACCAUAUCUCUAAUCAUCUAUAUGAAUCUACAACAUCCCAAACGUCAACUACACUCAUGAUAAAACAAGUAACUCUGGCAGACACAGCUCUCUACUACUGUGCCCUGAAGGAAGCCCAGUGAUACAGAGUUUCUGAGAGGAUGUACAAAAACUAGUACACUGAUAAAUGACUUGUUUUAGAUGAGCUUGUUGGUCAUUUCCCGACCACAGUUCAUUAUCAGGCUCAGAGCAACAGAGGGUUUGUAGAUAACAUUAUUGUGGUUACACCUGUUGUGUCUAAUAAAGAGUAUGUUCGCCUUCAACGCUGCGCCUUGGUCCUCCUCUGUUCUGUCACGAUCGUCGGGAACAGAGGAGGACCAAGGCGCAGCGUUGAAGGCGAACAUACUCUUUAUUAGUGAUUACACGAACAAAAACAACAAACGAUAACGUGACGUCCACGGUCUAACACAAACCACACUGGAACAAGAUCCCACCAACCACUGUCGCAAACAGACUGAAUAAAUAUGGUUCCCAAUCAGAGACAACCAGCAACAGCUGACACUAGUUGCCUCUGAUUGAGAACCACUCUGGUCAACAUAGAAAUACACCAACUAGAAACAAGGAAACUCACACCCUGGCUCAACAUACAAGUGUCCCCAGAGCCAGGGCGUGACACCAAUAUCCCACAUCUGCUCCCCAAUUCCUCCACCUCAUCUCAGUCUAUUCAACAUCUGCCGAGACAAUAGUUACUGCAGAACCACCGUAUACGCGACUGUCAGUUAACGUUGACAAAGUGGCUGAACGUGUGGAUCUAAAGAUCUCCUCUGCUAUAUUGGAAGACUCUGCUCUGUACUACUGCGCCUUGCAGCCCAAAGUGACAGGAAACCCAGACACACUGUACACAAACCUGACAGCUCAUGAUAAACUCCACUUAUGCAUAUUUUAGGGAAGGGUGGGGCUUCCUACUGUAGGUUCAAGAAAAUAAAAUAUCCUUUAAAAAACUGUGUUGGACUUCACCCCACCAUUUACCCUCAGCUAUAUGAUGGUUCUCUACACAGUUAUUUUACUUUCUGACACGUUAGUAAAUUACUUUAUUCCUGUCAUGCGUUUAACUUAAUUUUUUUGUCUAAUGUGUAGUUUUGCAUCUUAUCCUCAGCAUACAAUCUACUUAAGUAAUAAUGCCCGAGAAGCCCAUGUUUGGAGGAUGUAUUGGCAGGGUUUCAGGCCCGAGACAUAAAUAAAUAAUACUGCUAACAAGCUUAUGCAGGCCUUUGAAGUAGUUUCAAUAAAGAACAAUACAAUCGAGAGAAAACAAAUAAAAUGUAUAUAGAUUCAGCACUUUUGUGAAGCAGAACAGUUAAAAAAUAUAUGGCAAAAUAGAAAUCAAACUGGAUGGGCUUCAGAGAUAGAUGGGAGGGGUUGAUGGUAGCUGAAGGAUGGGAUUAAAAAUUAAAAACAAACAAAAGAUAACUAACUAUUGUACAAUACCUUGUGUGGUAGUGGAGUUUAUCAUAUAGCCUCCCUACUGUCACUUUAUUUUACUGUAUAUAUAGCCUCCCUACUGUCACUUUAUUUUACUUCUGCUCUUUUUUUCUCAACACUUUUUUGUUGUUGUUUUAUUCUUACUUUUUUGUUUAAAAUAAAUGCACUGUUGGUUAAGGGCUGUAAGUAAGCAUUUCACUGUAAUGUCUGCACCUGUUGUAUUCGGCGCAUGUGACCAAUAAAAUUUGAUUUGAUUUGAUUUGAUUUGAUUUGUGUCCGUAAAAUUGAUAUACUAUGUAUAAGCUGGAAGUAGAAGUCUAAGUGUUGUUGUCCAUUAGUUUACUCGAAUUAGGAAAGGGGUGGUAGGGUUAGGGGAAAAUAAUAAAGGAAAAUAUAUUUUAAAAAGAUAUAUGUAUAUAUUAUUUUUUUUUCCCAAGAAAUAUAUGGUGCAUUGGAAAUGAUGCAGACAAUUACAUUGACAGAAGCUACAAUCUAUAUGCAGUAUUAAAGCUGAUCUACCCCCAUAAAAAAAAAAUAUAUAUAUAUAAAUAUAUAUAUAUAUAUAUAUAUAUAUAUAUAUAUAUAUAUACAGUGGGGGAAAAAAGUCUUUAGUCAGCCACCAAUUGUGCAAGUUCUCCCACUUAAAAAGAUGAGAGAGGCCUGUAAUUUUCAUCAUAGGUACACGUCAACUAUGACAGACAAAUUGAGGGAAAAAAAUCCAGAAAAUCACAUUGUAGGAUUUUUUAUGAAUUUAUUUGCAAAUUAUGGUGGAAAAUAAGUAUUUGGUCACCUACAAACAAGCAAGAUUUCUGGCUCUCACAGACCUGUAACUUCUUCUUUAAGAGGCUACUCUGUCCUCCACUCGUUACCUGUAUUAAUGGCACCUGUUUGAACUUGUUAUCAGUAUAAAAGACACCUGUCCACAACCUCAAACAGUCACACUCCAAACUCCACUAUGGCCAAGACCAAAGAGCUGUCAAAGGACACCAGAAACAAAAUUGUAGACCUGCACCAGGCUGGGAAGACUGAAUCUGCAAUAGGUAAGCAGCUUGGUUUGAAGAAAUCAACUGUGGGAGCAAUUAUUAGGAAAUGGAAGACAUACAAGACCACUGAUAAUCUCCCUCGAUCUGGGGCUCCACGCAAGAUCUCACCCCGUGGGGUCAAAAUGAUCACAAGAACGGUGAGCAAAAAUCCCAGAACCACACGGGGGGACCUAGUGAAUGACCUGCAGAGAGCUGGGACCAAUGUAACAAAGCCUACCAUCAGUAACACACUACGCCGCCAGGGACUCAAAUCCUGCAGUGCCAGACGUGUCCCCCUGCUUAAGCCAGUACAUGUCCAGGCCCGUCUGAAGCUUGCUAGAGUGCAUUUGGAUGAUCCAGAAGAGGAUUGGGAGAAUGUCAUAUGGUCAGAUGAAACCAAAAUAUAACUUUUUGGUAAAAACUCAACUUGUCGUGUUUGGAGGACAAAGAAUAUUGAGUUGCAUCCAAAGAACACCAUACCUACUGUGAAGCAUGGGGGUGGAAACAUCAUGCUUUGGGGCUGUUUUUCUGCAAAGGGACCAGGACGACUGAUUCGUGUAAAGGAAAGAAUGAAUGGGGCCAUGUAUCGUGAGAUUUUGAGUGAAAACCUCCUUCCAUCAGCAAGAGCAUUGAAGAUGAAACGUGGCUGGGUCUUUCAGCAUGACAAUGAUCCCAAACACACCGCCCGGGCAACGAAGGAGUGGCUUCGUAAGAAGCAUUUCAAGGUCCUGGAGUGGCCUAGCCAGUCUCCAGAUCUCAACCCCAUAGAAAAUCUUUGGAGGGAGUUGAAAGUCCGUGUUGCCCAGCGACAGCCCCAAAACAUCAUGCUCUAGAGGAGAUAUGCAUGGAGGAAUGGGCCAAAAUACCAGCAACAGUGUGUGAAAACCUUGUGAAGACUUACAGAAAACGUUUGUUGAGUUGAGUUUUGUUUUUACCAAAAUGUUAUAUUUUGGUUUCAUCUGACCAUAUGAAAUUCUUCCAAUCCUCUUCUGGAUCAUCCAAAUGCACUCUAGCGAUCUUCAGACGGGCCUGGACAUGUACUGGCUUAAGCAAGGGGACACGUGUGGCACUGCAGGAUUUGAGUCCCUGGCGGCGUAGUGUGUUACUGAUGGUAGGCUUUGUUACUUUGGUCCCAGCUCUCUGCAGGUCAUUCACUAGGUCCCCCCGUGUGGUUCUGGGAUUUUUGCUCACCGUUCUUGUGAUCAUUUUGACCCCACGGGGUGAGAUCUUGCGUGGAGCCCCAGAUCGAGGGAGAUUAUCAGUGGUCUUGUAUGUCUUCCAUUUCCUAAUAAUUGCUCCCACAGUUGAUUUCUUCAAACCAAGCUGCUUACCUAUUGUAGAUUCAGUCUUCCCAGCCUGGUGCAGGUCUACAAUUUUGUUUCUGGUGUCCUUUGACAGCUCUUUGGUCUUGGCCAUAGUGGAGUUUGGAGUGUGACUGUUUGAGGUUGUGGACAGGUGUCUUUUAUACUGAUAACAAGUUCAAACAGGUGCCAUUAAUACAGGUAACGAGUGGAGGACAGAGGAGCCUCUUAAAGAAGAAGUUACAGGUCUGUGAGAGCCAGAAAUCUUGCUUGUUUGUAUGUGACCAAAUACUUAUUUUCCACCAUAAUUUGCAAAUAAAUUCAUUAAAAAUCCUACAAUGUGAUUUUCUGGAGAAAAAAAAUGUCAAUUUGUCUGUCAUAGUUGACGUGUACCUAUGAUGAAAAUUACAGGCCUCUCUCAUUUUUAAGUGGGAGAACUUGCACAAUUGGUGGCUGACUAAAUAUUUUUUUCCCCCACUGUAUAUCCAUAUAAUUUUCCUUCCACAUGAUGCCAUCUAUUUUGUGUACUGCACCAGUCCCUCCUGCACUAAAGUACCCCCACGGCAUGAUGCUGCAACCCCCGUGCUUCACGGUUGGGAUGGUGAACUUCGGCUUGGAAGCGACCCCCUUUUUCCUCCAAACAUAACGAUGGUCAUUAUGGCCAAACAGUUCUAUUUUUGUGUCAUCAGACCAGAGGACAUUUCUCCAAAAAGUACGAUCUUUGUCCCGAUAUGCAGUUGCAAACCGUAGUCUGUCUUUUUUAUUGCAGUUUUGGAGCAGUGGCUUCUUCCUUGCUGAGCGGCAUUUCAGGUUAUGUCGAUAUAGGACUCGUUUUACUGUGGAUAUAGAUACUUUUGUACCUGUUUCCUCCAGCAUCUUCACAAGGUCCUUUGCUGUUGUUCUGGGAUUGAUUUGCACUUUUCGCACCAAAGUACGUUAAUCUCUAGGAGACGUGUCUCCUUCCUGAGCGGUAUGACGGCUGCGUGGUCCCAUGGUGUUUAUACGUGCAUACUAUUGUUUGUACAGAUGAACGUGGUACCUUCAGGCGUUUGGAAAUUGCUCCCAAGGAUGAACUAGACUUGUGGAGGUCUACAUUUGUUUUUUCUGAGGUCUUGGCUGAUUUCUUUUGAUUUUCCCAUGAUGUCAAGCAAAGAGGCACUGAGUUUGAAGGUAGGCCUUGAAAUACAUCCAUAGGUACACCUCCAAAUGACUCAAAUGAUGUCAAUUAGCCUAUCAGAAGCUUCUAAAGCCAAGACAUCAUUUUCUGGAAUUUUCCAACCUGUUUAAAGGCACAGUCAACUUAGUGUAUGUAAACGUAUGACCCACUGGAAUUGUGAUACAGUGAAUUAUAAGUGAAUUAAUCUGUCUGUAAACAAUCUGUCUGUAUAUAUAUAUAUAUAUAUAUAUAUAUAUAUAUAUAUAUAUAUGUUGUUAUGAGGGGGAAAGGGACCAAAUUAUUAGGGUGAGGCAAAUGGACAAUAAACAACUUCCUAUGCAACAUAGGCCAACGUACAUACUAAUGCAUGGCCAAUAUAUUCAACCUUUUCUGGCCCAUGGUGUUGCGUGUGAAUGGUUAUCCUUUUAAGCUUGGAAAAGAGACCCUUAAACCCAGACUUGGACCGCACACCCUCUCCACCGAAAAGCAUGGGAAGCAAAAUAGUGAUUGCUUUGCAAUGCUUCAACUUUCUAGCUCUCCCUAUAGAUUUUGUGGUGACGUAGUGUCCCCAUGUGUGACAGAACACUGAGCCAAUCACGGCGCAACUAGAGAAGUACCAUCCCCUACACUCUGUAUUUUACGCUGGCUGCCCCUCGACCUCAGAAAGCACUGAGCUAGGCUGAAAUACCUGCAUUUUGGAGCUGCUUUACUCAAGAAAGCAAAAAAAGAGACCAUAUUUGUGUGCGGCUUUAUUAACUCCACACAAACGGAUAUGUGACACGUAUUAAUGGCAAAAUAACAUGCAAAACAGGCACACAAAAAAUAUAAAUAUACAGUAUAUAUAUACAGUACCAGUCAAAAGUUUGGACACACCUACUCAUUCAAGGGUUUGUCUUUAUUUUUACUAUUUUCUAAAUUUUACAAUAAUAGUGAAGACAUCAAAACUAUGAAAUAACACAUAUGGAAUCAUGUAGUAUGUCACGAUUCUCUAAAGCAGAACCCAGAAGCAGACCAGGACAAGGUGAGUAGAACGAAGGUGAGUAUUUAUUUACAGAAUCAAAUGUGGAAGCAGAAUAAUCCAGGAGACGGAGCGGGCAGCGGAGGCGAGUUGGUGGGAGUGAAUAGGCUGAUCCAGUAGUGUCACAGAAGCCACUGACGACCCGGCAGGGGUGGGGUGAAUGUUCCGGGAGAAUGACUGUAGACAGAGUAAACGGAGGUGAGUACACAGCAAGCAAAAGGUACAGAACAACUAAACUAACUCUUGUAAACUUGAGGCUGAUACGCUGACACAACAUACUGUUCAUGGCUAACGAUCCGGCAGGGAAUGGAUGUCAGGUCAGAGCUUAUGAAGUGGAGAGGUGAUGAUCAGGACCAGGUGUGCAGAUAGCUGAUGAGAUGCAGGUGCGGGUAAUCGAGAGAUCUCCCGCCUAGCCUCGUCGCCCGGCAACCAGACAGGGUGCGUUCAGGAACCUCAGGAAGCAGACUCCAAGACAGAAAACAGGCAACUCAGGCAAAAACAGACUCAGGAAGCGGGAUUCAUGACAUAGUAACCAAAAAAGUAUUAAACAAAUCAAAAUAUAUUUAAUAUUUGAGAUUCUUCAAAGUAGCCACCCUUUGCCUUGAUGACAGCUUUGCACACUCAUGGCAUUCUCUCAACCAGCUUCACCUGGAAUGCUUUUCCAACAGUCUUGAAGGAGUUCCCACAUAUGCUUAGCACUUGUUGGCUGCUUUUUCUUCACUUUGCCGUCCGACUCAUCCCAAACCAUCUCAAUUGGGUUGAGGUCGGGGCAAUGUGGAGGCCAGGUCAUCUGAUGCAGCACUCCAUCACUCUCCUUCUUGGUCAAAUAGCCCUUACACACACUGGAGGUGUGUUGGGUCAUUGUCCUGUUGAAAAACAAAUGAUAGUCCCACUAAGCCCAAACCAGAUGGGAUGGCGUAUCGCUGCAGAAUGCUGUGGUAGCCAUGCUGGUUAAGUGUGCCUUGAAUUCUCAUAAAGACAAGGCGGUUGGAACCAAAAAUCUCAAAUUUAGGACAAAUUUCCACCGGUCUAAUGUCCAUUGCUCGUGUUUCUUGGCCCAAGCAGGUCUCUUCUUCUUAUUGGUGUCCUUUAGUAGUGGUUUCUUUGCUGCAAUUCGACCAUGAAGGCCUGAUUCAUACAGUCCCCUCUGAACAGUUGAUGUUGAGAUGUGUCUGUGACUUGAACUCUGUGAAGCAUUUAUUUGGAAUGCAAUUUCUGAGGCUGGUAACUCUAAAGAACUUAUCCUCUGCAGCAGAGGUAACUCUGGGUCUUUCAUUCCUAUGGUGGUCCUCAUGAGAGCCAGUUUCAUCAUAGCGCUUGAUGGUUUUUGCGACUGCACUUGAAGACAUUUUCAAAGUUCUUGAAAUGUUCCGUAUUGACUGACCUGAAUGUCUUAAAUUAAUGAUGGACUGUCGUUUCUUUUUGCUUAUUUGAGCUGUUCCUGCCAAAAUAUGGACUUGGUCUUUUACCAAAUAGGGCUAUCUCCUGUAUACCACCCCCUACCUUGUCACAACACAACUCAUUGGCUCAAACGCAUUAAGAAGGAAAUAAAUUCCACAAAUUCAUUGAAAUGCAUUCCAGGGGACGACCUCAUGAAGCUGGUUGAGAAAAUGCCAAGAGUGUGCAAAGCUGUCAUCAAGGCAAAGGGUGGCUACUUUGAAGAAUCUCAAAUCUCACAUAUAUUUUGAUUUGUUUAUCACUUUUUUGGUUACUACAUGAUUUCAUGUGUGUUAUUUCAUAGUUUUGAUGUCUUCACUAUUAUUCUACAAUGUAGAAAAUAGUCAAAAUAAAGAAAAAUCUUGGAAUGAGUAGGUGUGUCCGAACUUUUGACUGGUACUGUAUAUAUAUACACAUAUAUACAUAUAUACUAGAAGUCUAAAGUUUGGACACACCUACUCAUUCAAUAGUUUUCCUUUAUUUUUACUAUUUUUUAAAUUGUAGAAUAAUAGUGAAGACAUCAAAACUAUGAAAUAACACAUAUUAAAUCAUGUAGUAACCAACAAAGUGUUAAACAAAUCAAAAUAUAUUUUAUAUUUGAGAUUCUUCAUAUAACCACCCUUUGCCUUGAUGACAACAGCUGAAAACCCUUAACCACAAACCACAGAAGAAGAGUUACAUAUCCAGUUAUCAGAGGAGGAGCCUCAUAGUCAAACACUGGUAUAGGCUGGGUAUAGGUGCAAGCAUGAGGAUGUCUCUGUAGAGGAUCUACUCAGCUCUCUCACUGUCUUAUCUCUCAGUUGGUUUAUCUAGUCUGUGUCAGGAUGUCACUCAUAUUACUGUUGAUCCUCUCUGUGUUUGUAGGUGAGUGCUGAAUUCUCAGCUGAAACCAAAUAAAAUGUUAUUUGCCAUUGUGUUCAAUUAACGAUUCCAUAAAAACUAAAUGGUAGUAAUACUCUAAAAUUGUGAUUGUUACUGUUAUCAUGUAUGUACGUUAUCAUGUCUGUAUGUUUUGAAUCAUAAUAUAUUCACGUUGUUGCAGGCGAUAGUAUGGAGCAGGAAACAAUAACUCCAGUGAAGCCUGAAGUCAAUGCUCUCCAAGGAACAGACAUCACUCUCUCCUGCAACUACAAGGGAAACGUUUACAAUCUCCAAUGGUAUCGUCAAUACCACGGAUCUGGACCAGAAUGUCUUCUUUUGAUCCUACAAAGCAGCAUGUAUGUACAGAAUACAUCCAUUACCACUCCACGACACACUGGUAGACUGAAUGAAGAGAAGACCCGUGUUGACUUAAAGAUAUCCUCUGCUAUAUUGGAAGACUCUGCUCUGUACUACUGCGCCUUGCAGCCCACAGUGACAGGAAACCCAGACACACCGCACAAAAACCUGUCAAGAGCCUUGGGGAUAAACAGUGUAUUGAUGGAGACAUUGCAUUCAGUUAUUAUUUAGAGUACAUUAUUACAAAUAUUUUCCCUGCAUCUCCACGUCAACUGAAAAAUAAAAUAUAACUGUUAUUUUAUUGAAAUAUAUUCCCUUCUUCAGGAAAUAAUACUUGAUAUUGUAUUCAUGUUCCUGUUGUGAUAUAACAUGAUCAGAGAUACUAGUCUGAAUAAAUACAGAAUGAAGAACAUUUGUGUUGUUUUGCUUCCUUAGAGGAUUAAGGGCAGUAAUUGACUUAUUCUUAUCCAUUGGUUUUUGUCAACAGCAUACAUUUUGAGACAAUACCAAUAGACGGCAGUCAUGAGCUAAAAUAUCUCUAAUCAGAACUACAGCAAAAUCAUGAAGAUGACAUUAAGCAGAAAUUCAACCUUGAAAGACAGUUGAACUCAAAUACCCAACCACCUUUAGUGUAGAGAGGUGGAGCUACAAAGUCAAUGAGUGCUUUGACAUUACAGUAUGUAGUCCACAAGCAGUUUGAGGAGAGGAUAGUGAUAUACUCUUACUUGACAGCGCACAAAGCCAGUCAUUCAUUCCCCAUGAAGAUGUUUUAUGCAAUUCUGCUUUUUUCAAUGUUCAUUUGUAAGUGCACAUGUUUUGCAUUGCAGUUUUGGAUUGCAGACAUAUGUUAUGGUACAUGAAUUGCAAUAUGAUUUAUUCAAAAAAGUUUUAACAUUAUUUAUUUCAGGUAGCAGUUAUGAGGAGGAAAUAAUAUCAGCCACAACUGAAGAGCAUGUUUUAGAGGGUGAUGGUGUUACUCUGUCCUGCAACUACACUGGCACUUACAGUACUGAUACUUUACUGUGGUAUCAACAAUACCCCAAAUCAAAACCAGAAUUUCUGCUUCUCAUCACUGGAUUUAAUAAACAUCAUGAAUCGACCAACCCUCGACUGUCUGUUAAACUGAAUGAUAAGAAGACCCGCGUGGAUCUGGAGAUCUCCUCUGUUGAUGUAACAGAUUCUGCUCUGUAUUACUGUGCUCUGAAGCCCACAGUGACAGGAAACCCAUAAACACUGUACAAAAACCUGACAACAUACAGUAUACUGUAGGAAGAAAGCCAUAACAGAAAAGAUUUCACGUCAGUUUCAAGAGGAGGCGCUGUAUAAUCAAAGAUAUACAUGUAGCUUAUUGGAUGUUAUUGUUCAGGAAGUAGCUAGUCAGUCAGGUCUCUCAGUGCUGUCUGUCUGUCUGUCUGUUUCUCAAAGGUCUAG